AUGGGGAAAUAUGGGGAUGAUGGGGAAGACAAAGUAGCCAAGAUUUUUGUAUCUCAUGGAAGAAGAGUGAAUUUCAUCCAAUUUCUAUACAUCAACAAUGGAUCCUUUGUCUUGUCAAAGAAACAUGGUGGUGAUGGGGGUAAAAGAUUUGACACUAUUAAACUUGAUUAUCCCUCAGAGUUUCUAACUUGGAUACGUGGUUAUUAUGUGGAUUUUCUUCCUAGAGUUAUUCAACCUGCUAAUUAUGUGACAUCAAUCACAUUUGGUACAAAUAAAGCUACUUAUGGACCUUUUGGAAGCCAUGAAAUAUCUGAUAUUGAGUUUGAUUUUCAGUUUGGAACAGAUGGAGCUUUUGGUGGAUUUCAUGGCACUACUCAUAUUCAUUACCUUGAAAGCAUUGGUGUUUAUAUCAAGCCAAUUACUUGUUCUACAAUAUAA